GUUGGACUGGUCUGCAGAAACACCUGAUUCCUAGAUGCCUACACCUGAGACAGGUGGGAGGCUCCGCAUUCUGCCAGAACACCUGCUGACUGCAGUGAGACACAGAGACGCCGCAGACAUGGACCUGUUCGCUGGAAAGAUUGCAGAGAAAGUGGGAGACAUGGUGGAGGGAGCAGUGAAGAACGCUCUGGGCAUGGAGGACAAAGACGAGAAAAAGAAGGAGAAAGGAGGAUUCUUCUCCUUUGGACGAGGUGAUGAUGAUGAAGAUGAGAAGAAGAAGAAGAAAAACAAGGAGGAAGAUAAAGGAUUCUUCUCCAAGAUCUUUGACAGAGACGAUGAUGAAGAUAAGGAUAAGGUGCCGAAGAAAUCCGGAUUUCAUGGCCUCUUUGCUGAAGGGGAGGGAGGGGGAGCAGGAGGACCCAUGGGAGGAGGAGCUAUGGGAGGAGAUGGAGGAGCAAUGGGAGGAGGAGGAGCAGGAGGACCCCCAGGCCAGACUGUAGCUGUCAGUGACAGAGACCUCUUUGAUGAUCUGAUGGAUGUGGCUGAACAAACGUCUAAAAACUGAGGAAAUCUUCACCAGUUAUUUUUCUCUCGGAAUCUGGAUUAAUGUGUGAAAUAAAUUUUGUAAUAAAGGUUUUAUUUAAUCAAA